GAUAGCAGCACCAGCAUCGCGGACGUUACCUCGAGGACGAAACGUCGUAGUCAGUCGGUCGGCGCGCACCGAAGAAAAUCCCGGUUGUGUGAUUCGUCGUUUGUCGACGGAUAUCUUUGCCAACGAGGGCCGCAAGUUAAACACAAGACGACCGACCAGCGAAUUCCAAGCCAGUGCCGAUUGCGGUGCCGAACGCAGCUUCACUAGGGCUGACCACGAACAACUGCAAAAGCAGUUCUAUGUGAACAAUCGCCCCGUUAUCACGGCAACCGUUGAAAGGGUCCUAUUAAAGGUUGGGAAGUUUGCAAAGGACGAAUCGAAUUCAAGAAUGACGGUAAUUCCCGUCCACCUGUACAGUCUGUCCAAUGAAAUCGUUUUGGAUGGAGCGAAGAAACCCGACGAAGACAAUUCAAAUGAAUUCCAUUGGCUUGGAGUCAUGGUUUACAACGUCGACGACGGAAGUGCCAAAAUUGAAGAAGCCUCGCGAGUUCCAAAAGGAGUAUGA